UAGCUAAUAAGAUGACCAGUAAUCCUCUGGGCUGAGGGGGCAGAGAUGUUGCCCUCUGUCUGUCACACAUGAAAAUACCACACAAUCGCACUUCACAACAAAAAGACACCAACAAAUGCUUGCAUCGGAUGGGGCCCUACAAAGGCGGAACAAAACACAGGGGAGAAAACUAAAAACUUCACCUGUGGCUGAUUAAGAAAAACUCCAAAGAAGCUCUAUCAAAGAACGUGGAGGAAGAGAAGAAGGAAUGCAGUGAAGAAGGAUAGUCACUAUUUAAAGACCGCUGCUUUGUGGCGGAGCAAAGGUCAAAACAGGACACGACUGGCCACACUUCAGGUUAACAGCGUUGUCAUGGAGAGAUCUUGUCGUCCUGCAUCUGAAAGCUACCCAUCAGCUUGUUUUUCAGUCCAAGCUGGGCAUGCGGGGGAUGAGGAUGACCAUGCCCCUAUCUUCUCCCUUUCUAAGAGUUCUGUGGAUGUUGUCAUGGCAACAGGCUCCCUCCACAAGCUGGACCCCACAUGGAGGAGACUGGACCUGAAGCGCAGCUCCAGCACUAACACUCACUCUGACCAGAACUCUGUAACAACUCUCCAGCAACUGCGCCAUCACAAAUGGAGACAGAACAACCGGUCAUUCACCACCCAAAACGAGGACCUGCUCAGUCCGCCGCCACUCAGUGGACGCUGGAUCUCCAACAUGAAUCGCUGGAGCGGGUGCAGCGGCAGCAUGCACAGCGGCAGCAGCACACCGGACACAGUAGUGUGGAAAGAUGAACCUUCGGGCCACAACAGUCCCAACCAGGAGGCCCCCAACUCCUCCGCACCCCACUCUCCCCAGUCCAAAAUCAAUUCUCCACCAUCCACACCCUCCCAUUUAGUCUUCCCAUUCCACACUCCCACUUUACCAGUCACAAACUGCUCAAUCUCCUCUUCCUCACCACUUAGACUAAGCACAGAAGAGCUACCUGGAUCCUCACCUUACCUUCAGCUGACCAGCGCAGAGAGUAGAGGAUCCUCUGAGAGGCUGGUGUUUCAGUUCCCCUCCCCCGUCCCAUCACCUGUUAGCUCAGCACAUGAAGACAUGUGUUCGGAUCCUGCAUCCUUUGUGGAUGGCACAAUAACAAGGCAAUCUACUCCUGAUGGUAGCCUCUUAUUGGAGGAGGAAAAAGCAAAAAGCUCUCAGGAAAUGUUGAGUAACUCAGAGACGAGUUCUCCUGUAGCAGGUCAGGAGAUUCCAAAAGAAACUUCCAGCUUUCAUCUUGUUGGGUCGCAGCAGGUGAAGCAAAGCAUUUCCACAGAACAAGGUUUCAAACUAUCAGUUGUUUCAUCCUUCAGUGACUCCCUGUUGAGUAGAAGGUGCAGCUUUAGAACCUGGGAUGCAACAACGGCAAAGUUAAAGCGCAACAGAGAGGAAGGAACAAUGACCUCCCAGCUUCAAAUGGUUGAGGCGGCGGUGCAGACAACCUCCCCUCUAGGUUCCUGGUGUGACCUCCGGAAAAGCAUGUCCCCUUCAAACACAAGCUCACACUCUAUCUUGGGGUCUCCUCCUGGAUCCCGAUUGAACCUGAGGUCCCCCGUGGGGUCUCACUCUAACCUGGUUUCCCCAUCGUCCAGUAUGUUUCCUGGAAGCAGCUGUGGAGAAAAGCAGAAGCAAGAGGAAAACCCAGAGUUGGACGCCACUUCUGUGUCUUCGCAUCAUCUCGAGAGGAAGAGAUCGUGUUUGAAGAUCCAGCCCGAGGGAAGAGAUGAGCUAGGGAGGAGGAGCAGCAUGAAGCAGGUUCAGUGGGAUGAAGAUGGACUGACAUGGGAUGUUUAUGGGGCAUCUCUAGACCCAGAAGAGCUGAGCUCAGUCAUACAGAAACAUCUGGAGCGCAAGAGCAGCUUCCAACCUGUGAAACGCUCUUCAAAGAAGAUGAGAGCACCAAAGCCUCCAGUUAUAGCAAAUCUGAUCACAACUAUGGCUCCUGACAUGAGUCCACCUGCUAUGAGCAUUAAGUGUAUGGUUGAUGGUGAAAGUGAAGACACAAUAGAGACGAUAGGAGCAGCAGAGUUGCAGCAAGGAGCAGAAUCUGAGAAAACAAUAGAAGCUCCUCGAAGGAGGAGCAGAGCUGAGAAAGACAACCCAAAGGACACAAAGGGGAAAGUUUGUGGAGAUCAGGUCUGCAAGUCACCUUCACAGGAGAGUGAGAACAGUAAGAAAAAGACAGUGAUCAAGUCUCUAAGGAGACCUCGGUGGUGUGGAAGCUCAAGAAAGACAGAUGAGUAAAGCUGUGGUCAAACUAUCUACCAUCCUGGAUUGAAACAAGCAUUGGAACAAAAUUACCUGAAACAGCUCUUGACCUCACAGCAAUCACAGCACAGUCCUUCUUCCCCCUGCUUCCUUAAUCAGCCAAAAAACAAGAAAAACUAUCAGUGAGAACAACUUUUCUUCCUGCAUUACUCAAAAGUCUACAAACAAAAAGGCUAAAACAACAAGUUUAUAUUUUACUUUUUAGAAUUUUACCCAUGCAUUAAGCUUGAGCGCCACUCUUUUGCUAUUCUCAGUUUUACCUCUAGGUGGAGCCAACAGUACUUUCCCACUAAAAUAAAUUAAACAAAGAAAAACCCUUACAGCGAGUCACCAGAAAUGGCAGAACCAUGGAAAACGGGUGCAGAAGAUUUCAGACACGAUGGGAAAUUGAGUAUUUCUUCAAAGAUAUCAGCAGAAAGUGUGUCUGUUGGUUUUGCAAAUAAUCUGUUGCAGUAAUGAAAGAGUAUAACAUCUGUCUGUAUUAUGAGAUCAAACAUUAGAGCAACACAUCGUAUAUCAGUGCCAAACGAACACAGAAAGUCAAGCACACAGUAGUGAGCCUGCAAGUUCAAUAACAACGUUUGUUCCGUGCCGAAAAAAUACAGGAGAAAAAACCACUGAAGCAAGGUAUGAAGUUGCUACAUUUAUAGCCCAGCACGGCAAACCGCUCUCAGACGGCGAUUUCACAAAGCAGUGCCUCAUCAAUCACAGACAUAAUGUACAGGAUUUCAACAACGAGAGUUUGUCCAGAAAUACAGUGGCUCUGUGAAUCAAGGACUCGUCUGGUAACUUUAAAGAUCAACUGAGAGACUAAAUUUGUACUUUUGAAUUUUACUUGAUUGCGUGUGACAAGAGCACAGAUGUCACAGACACCGCACAGCUGUUGACCUUUUUGAGAGGAGUUGAUGACAAUUUUUGCUGCUUGACAUGAUGAGCCUGAAAGGCUUGGUGACGGGCAAAGACAUUCUUGAAGCUGAGAUGGAAUUAAAGAGAUGGGACUACAAUCGAAGAAGCUAUGUGGAGCAACAGCGAAUGGAGCCCCGGCGAUGACAAGCAAGGAAUAGGAUCGAUGGUGUGCGCCAAAAUAAAAGAGACCGGAGGUGGGGCUGUUUCCAUGCACUGCAUUGUCCACCAACAAUCCCUGUGUGCUAAGACUAUCCAGAUGCAUGAUGUCAUGAGCACAGUUGUAAAAACUGUAAACAUAUUGACCCUUAGGUGACCCUCUUUGGCUGGUAGACCUGGCAUUUUUAGUGGAUUUUACCCGUCAUAGGAAUACACCCAACAAGAGACUGCAAGACAAUGAACGGCGGGUUCCACACCUCUGUGCCCACAUUUUUUGUGCAAAUCUCCGCCUGUUUGAGACACAACUACAAAACUCUAAUGCUGCACGCUUCCCCCUCACUGUCUGAAAUCAAGUCUAGUUUUCCAAAAGUUCUCUUUCCUGCCAAAAGGGAGAAAUAUGUGUCUGUGAUCGCAUCUCUCAUGACAGAAUUCAACUAGUGUUUCCAAGAUUAUUCUGGCUUUAAAAAAUAAAUCAAGCUGCUUUCUUAGUGGAUGGAGAAGAAGUGGAAGAGAAUCUACAGUUAGAACUUAUUGAAAUGCAGUGUGCCGAUUCUCUGCAGAGUCAACAUCAGCUUCUCUCGCUCCCUGACUUCUAUCAGAGUUUGGAUAAGGCCAAGUUUCCUCUGAUGAGACACCAUGCAAAAAGAAUGAUGAGCCUUUUUGACUCAACAUGCAUUUGUGUUGAAUCUGAACA